CUUAGCCAGACGGCGAGCCUGAAGUCCAACGGUGAGCUGUAGAUCUACAGUUAUAAGUGUAUAUGCAGGUUCAAUGUUGUUCCAUAUCAACGCUAGUGUGCACCGCCUUCCGAGAGUAUAAGUACCACAACCAUUCUAGCGAGCGACCCGACCUCGACGACCUCGACGGACGACCUCGACGACCCCUUCCCUCACUGAGUCGUCGCAUCAACUUCUCCCUAGUCUGUGCCGUUCACUAUGUCUCAGAAGUUCAGAAUCGUCAUGGAUAGACCUCCGGGGGUGUUCUAUCCUGGGGAUAUCGUAUCUGGUAAAGUUGUGCUGCAUAGUCCGGAAGAUGAGGAAGUCUUCAAUGUAGCUAUCACGUUCUGGGGCAGGAGCAAGAGCAAGAUCUCUAUUCGGUCUAAUAAUUCCACCCAUUACUACCGUAAUAGGUUCGACCUCUUCAGAAUCACCCAACCUGUCUUCCCCAACCAUUACACCCUAAAACGAAACACGGUCUACGAAUGGCCCUUCUCCUUCAUCUUCCCCGAAUGGACAAUGUUCGAUCGUACUCAGGAAUGCGAAAACCCUCGACAUCUUCCUUACGACUUCGUCCCCGGUCCACAUCCCCUUCCACCCUCGUUUCAUAUCGAAGUCCGAAACGGGUACGGUUACAUUCAAUACGGACUGGAAGCCACGACCAACCGUCCAUCGUACCGACCACUCGCAGACGAGUUGUACCUUACCUUUUCUCCCCUCCGCGAAGAAGCCAUCCCGGACGAAUCCCUCGUCACAACCAAGAUGCCCUUUCAGUAUGCGUCGUCACGCUUACAACCAGGCCAUGAAGAUAUUUCGCGCUCGUUCAAAGAAUUAAUGCGUGAUACAUUUUCUUCAUCUACACCCGCUAUCAUAUUCUACGUGCACGUCUCGCUCCCUAAAGUCAUCGUCAUCGGCCAACCCUUCCAACUCAUCAUCGUCCUGACAUACGACUCUGCAUCCACGGCCGUCGCACCACCACGGUUCACCGUCAAAGUCGAAUCCGUGCGUCUGAAAGCUGACGUUGCGGUGCGCGCCACAAAGUCAGGUCUCCUUGGCCUCUCUGACAAAGUCCGAGACACUACCGUCCCCUUCACGCUCCAAUCGAACUGGACCCACAAGAAUCCAGAUCCUGCACCGACGCCAUAUACAUCCGCGCUGGGCUCGAACUCGACAUUACGCGAGGUAGAGAUCUUGCCUGAUGUCCCUGUCGAGGUUCGGGUGAAAGUACCGAGAAUGCCUCAACUCGCACCUACGUACCAUUCGUUCUCGAUCACGAAUACGCAUUAUCUGCGUGCAUCUAUAGCGGUCACGGCUGUAGGCAAGACAUUCACGCAUGACUUCUAUUCGAAUGGUGUGACUGUUCUCCCAGCGAGACAUCGUGGCCAACCACCUCCCGGAACAUCGUCACCUCCAAUGCCAAUGCCAAUGCCGGCGCCUUCCUCUUACACAGACACAGACGUCUCGAAUUACGCCUCCGUACCUCCACCUGGGCCGGAACCACAAGACCACCUCGCAUCACAAGCUCCACCACCAGAGUACGCCACACAGACGGACACGCACAGCAUACAUGCAUUGACGAGCCCUGUUGGAGAGGAGAUGAUACCGACGGAGCAGGGCUUGAUGCUGAGAUAUGGACCGCCCACUGGGAUUGCUGCUACACCUUCGAAUCCGCCUACGCUCACGAAUAGGAACAGGAGCUCGAGCUCGGGAGUGAGUUCUGGUGCGUCUGUAGCGGCGGCAGCGGCAGGUACGAUGGGCGAUGCGUCCGGGUUGCCAGCGUAUGAGGGGACCAGCAAUGGUGUUGUGAUGGGUCCGUCGGGAUUCGUACGGCCGGGAUCUAUGGUAGGCGAUCAAAAGGUUUGAGUGAAGGUGUUGUUGACACCUGUGGCGAGAAAGAAGGACAUUCAGCUCUUUGCGCCCAUUCUUCUCGUAUUUAUUGCCGUUGCUUCGUUCACUGUAUUUCUAUCAUGUCUGCACCAAUACCCUAAUUUAUCACGAAUCGAGCGACUCUCUUUGAGUCCUCGUCGCUUGG